GCAGGUAUUCCUUUGAUGUGCCGGCCGGUGACAUUUGCUUAUGGCUCGGAUAUUGAUAUUUGCGUGCUGUGCGGAUUAUUUUAAUGCUGAUAAAUUUACGAAUGCUCUCAAAGUUGAAGUGAAACGUGCGUGAAUCUGAAUAUUUCACUGAUAUUAUGUCCGCCUCACCUGCUUCGAAUCCGAAAUCUCCGGAUAUUUCGGAGAAAAACAAGAAGUACGAUCGGCAAUUGAGGCUAUGGGGAGACCAUGGCCAGGCAGCUCUGGAAUCUGCAUCCGUCUGCCUCAUCAAUGCCACAGCCACAGGCACAGAGAUGCUGAAGUCACUAGUUCUGGCUGGUCUGGGGUCAUUCACUAUUGUGGAUGGCAAGAUUGCAACUGCGGAAGACAUCGGCAACAAUUUUUUCCUGCCGUCGGACUGCGCGGGGGAGAGCCGCGGCCGGUCCGCCUGCCGGCUGCUGCUGGAGCUGAACCCGGACGUGCGCGGCCAGCAUGUGGAGCAGCCGCUGGAGAGGCUGCUGGACACGGAGCCGGACCGGCUGCAGGCCUUCAGCGUGGUGGUGGCCACCGAGCUCACCGACAGCUGCCUGUCGCGUCUCUCAGAGGUGCUCUGGUCGCACAAUGUGCCCCUGCUGGUCGCCAGAAGUUACGGCCUCGUCGGCAGCAUACGUCUACAGGUCCGAGAGCACCUGGUGGUCGAGUCGCACCCGGACCCGGACAGCGUGGUGGCCGACCUGCGCCUGCUGCGGCCGUUCCCGGCGCUGGCCGCCUUCUGCGACUCACAGCAGCUGGAGGCCAUGGACCGGGCCGCGCACGGACACACGCCCUUCCUGGUGCUGCUCUACAAGGCGCUGCAGCGGUGGCGUGACGAGCACGACGGAGCGCCGCCCAGCGGGUACCGCGAGAAGAAACAGUUCAAGGAGACACUGCAGCAGUUCCGUCUGAGGACCGCUGACGGCGUGCCGGAGCUGGAGGAGAACUUUGACGAGGCAGAGCGGGCCGUCAACACGCUGCUGACGCCGCCCUCGGUGCCGGAGGCGGUGCGGACCCUCUUCGCCAGCCAGCAGUGUAACAGCCUCACCGCCAAGAGUGACGACUUCUGGGUGCUGGUGAAGGCGCUGCACGAGUAUGUGGAGAACGAGGGCGGGGGCCUGCUGCCGGUGCGCGGCCCCAUUCCGGACAUGUUCUCCGACUCGGACCGCUACAUUCAGCUGCAGAACAUUUACCGGGAGGAGUCGCGGCGCGGCGCCGAGCAGGUGCAGCGGCGCGUCCAUCUGCUGCUGGAGAGCCUCGGCCGGCCGGCGGACGUCAUCAGCGAGGAGCAGGUGCGCCAGUUCUGCCGCAACACGCACGCGCUGCGCGUGUUCGAGGGCACCUCUGUACAGCAGGAGCUGCGCCACCUGCGGCUGCCCGCCAACGAAAUGGCGGCGCACCUGCAGAACCCGGAGAGCGAGAUGGUCAUCUACGCGAUGCUGCGCGCCGCGGAGCGGUUCCGAUCCGAGUACAGCACGGCGCCCGGCGCCGAGGACGACCAGGUCGAGACGGACGUCAUCAAACUCAAGGCGUGUCUGAGUCGCCUGCUGUCCGACUGGGGCUGCCAGAACACCAUCAAAGACGACUACGUCCAGGAGUUCUGUCGGUACGGCGGCUCGGAGCUACACACCGUGGCUGCGCUGAUCGGGGGCUGCGCCGCCCACGAGGUCAUCAAGCUGGUGACGGGGCAGUACGCGCCCAUCGACAACACGUUCAUCUACAACGGCAUCAGCUCGUCCAGCGCCGUGUUCCGGCUGUGAUAGGACUGUGCGAUCUCCGCUCCGCCGCCGUCGCCGGUGCCGGCGGCGGGGCCCGCUAUAGGACGCUUUGUGCAUCAACUGUGCUAUGAACUGUUAGGUGAACUGCGAGAACUUAAUAUGAACUGCGAACCAAGUGUCAAGGAAGUGUCGGGAAGAAAUGCGGUAGAAGUGUUGAAAACCGUAGCUAAGACCAUUAUUACCCUGCUGAAUUCCGUUUCUGAAUGUGUUUCCGUGCCCUCAGUGUUCCGUGCUUUGUGCCGAAGUGUACCUCUGUGUUGCCUCAGCCGUGCCGUGUUUGGAGAACUCUCUAAUAUCUCCCACAAUGUGUGAGAUGGUGUUACCACUCAGAAGGAGCGCACCCGUCGAGGACCAGUGGGUCCCGUGGGAGGUCUGGGAGGGACGGCGAACCGUCUCCCAGCCGCCGGUCGUGCCGCGUUCCCCGCGUAACCGGCGUGAUCAGUGUUCCGUGAAAUAUCUGCUGACAAUAGAAGUCACGUAUGAAUCGUAGAGAGGCACGGAAAUGUGAUGGCGAUUGGCGCGACAACUGAGUGAUGGUUAAUGUAUCAAAACCAAAUGUAACAUCUCCGAGGAUUCGGUAUAUUUAUGACUGAUUACCGUCUACCUAUUCGACUGACUUUGACUUGACCUUUGACUUGUCCGGCGGUUUUUCAGCGCCCAGCCCCCGGGAAAACGUUCCCGCCGGACGUAGACGGCUAAUGGACUGAGCUGGAGCGGCAGACGGACGUCAGACCACGUCUGUAAAUAGGUAGAGCGCGCGGCACAGCGAUCACUCGAGCGUGUAUUGAUCUGAUCCUGGGAGGCAGCAUACAGCUAUACAAAUGGCAAAUUAAACCGUAUAUACAGCGGGGCGGGGCGGGGCUCGGGUCAGCCGGUUGGACCGUGACCCAGACUAGCGUGGCGCGCGGCGCUCCGAGGCGCGGCAGCGCGGCCCCUCC